AUGGUUUUUUAUCUAUCUGCUUUCUCUGGCCACAUAUCUAGUUCAAACGACAUCCUCCUGGCUGAGCUCACCGCAAUUUUCCAUGGAUUGCACCUAGCUGUUAACAUGGGACUAGAUGAUAUAGUUUUCUAUUCAGACUCCCUCCUCUCCAUCAAUCUUAUCACGAUAGACACUCCAAAGUUUCACAUCUACGCCGUUCUUCUCCAAGAUAUCAAGGAUUUGCUUCGUAACCGCACUCUUCAUCAUACUCUUCGGGAGGGUAAUCUGUGUGCUGAUUUUUUGGCCAAAAUGGAAGUAUCCUCUGAAGAUGUUUUCAUCGUGCAUCCUUUGCCUCCAGCUGACCUUCUGCCUUUGAUUAGGAGCGACGCGUCGGGCACCUGCUACCUUAGGGCCUAG